AAAAAAAAAAAAAAAGUUUUUUUUAAAAGUUUUUUAUUAAAAGUAAAUUCGGGGGGGGGGGAUGUUGAUAAGACACACUUUGCGAGACGCUGCCAUGAAUUUUACAGAAGGCGCAACUGAGGUCAAGAGGGGUCCCAACACCUGGACAGUCUUCUGAUGAGUUGCCAAUAGAGUCAGAAUUCGAACCCAGCUCUCUGGCUUCCUGCUCCAAAUCCUAAACCGGAGCGGGAGGGAAAAGAGCGGCCCCCAGGUUCUGGUCGCCACCCGGCCCCGCCUGGUGGGCUCGGGCCACUGCCCUCCGUAGGGUCACGACAAUGGGACCGGACCCAAAAGUUGGACCCGCCUUCAACACUGGAACCCGCCCACGCACAGCUCCACCGCGCCGCCGACCACGCCCCCGGACAUCUGGUCCCCGCCUUCGAACUCCUGGGCCCCCUGGUGACACGUCUCCGUUUUGGCUGGCUACUGGGCUCCGCCCGCACACCGCCCGGGCCCGGUCCCUAAAAGGCAGCUCGGAGCAAAUCCCAUUGGACUGGAACCAUAUCCCUGCUGUGACUUUAAGGAAGACCAGCAGGUCCGGGCCCCCAGGGGUCAACCGCACCCACAUCUUCGCACUUCCUGCCUGUGGGCCUGCGGGCGUAGAGGGCGUGGAAUUCACAGCCUCCUCUCCCAUCCGCAAGGGUCUGUCUUCUGGGAGGAACCCAUCCACGAUGGGAACCCUGAAGGUGGGCUACGGCGUCCGCCCGAGCCUUUUCUUAAAUGCGCAGGCUCCGGAAGCGGGGCGGAGCGCGCGGCGGAGCGCGCGGCAGGUCACGCACAUCCGAGCGUCGAGUCCCGGGCAUCUUCUCCCGCAGGGUGGCAACCAACUACAUAUGAGGACCAGUGCCAUUUUGGGGCACCAGAGCUUGUAACCUUUUCAUCUCUACCCAGCUGGGGCCAGGAACCACUCUCAGCACCCACCUCAGCAGCCGACAUCAUUAGGCAGAAUUGGGAACCUGGAAGCACUCUGGAGAACCUUUUUCUGAGACAUGGAGCUUUGGGGCCGAAUGCUAUGGCCCCUCCUGUCUGGCCCAGGGAGGAGGGGAGGUAUCCGGGGCUGGGCCUUCAGCUCAUGGCAACCCCAUCCACCUCUGGCUGGGUUAUCCAGUGCCACAGAACUGGUCAACCACUGGACAAGGGUCUUUGAGAAGAAAGGUGUCCCUGAGGCCCGGGAAUCCAGUGAGUACAUCGUGGCUCAUGUCCUUGGAGCCAAAACAUUUCAGAGCCUGAGGCCAGCACUUCGGACCCAGCACUUGACCUUUCAGCAACUACAGUAUAUCCAGGAGCUGAGUAGCCGUCGACUACAGAGGAUGCCCGUGCAGUACAUCCUUGGAGAGUGGGACUUUCAGGGGCUCAGCCUGAAGAUGGUGCCCCCUGUGUUUAUUCCUCGGCCAGAAACAGAGGAACUGGUUGAGUGGGUGCUGGAAGAGGUGGCCCAGAGGUCCCAUGCUGUGGGAUCCCCAGGCAGCCCCCUCAUUCUGGAGGUGGGCUGUGGAUCGGGAGCCAUUUCCCUCAGCCUGCUGAGCCAGCUCCCCCAGAGCCGAGUCAUUGCUGUGGAUAAGGGAGAAGCCGCCAUCUCUCUGACCCAUGAGAAUGCUCAGAGGCUUCGGUUGCAGGACAGGAUUUGGAUCAUCCACCUUGACAUGACCUCAGAAGGGAGCUGGACACACCUGCCCUGGGGCCCUGUGGACCUGGUCGUCAGCAACCCUCCCUACGUCUUCCACCAGGACAUGGAGCAGCUGGCCCCCGAGAUCCACAGCUAUGAAGACCCUGUAGCCCUGGACGGUGGGGAAGAGGGCAUGGACGUCAUUACCCACAUCCUGGCCCUGGCACCCCGGCUCCUGAAGGACUGUGGGAGUAUCUUCUUGGAAGUGGACCCGAGGCACCCGGAGCUUGUCAGCAGCUGGCUUCAGAGCCAGCCUGAGCUGUACCUUAAUCUUGUGGCUGUGCGCAAGGACUUCUGUGGGAGCAGCCAGGGGAAUCGAAUGCAGAUUGUGGUGCCUAAAGUAGAGUGCUGCUGUAACACGUGCCUACAAAUCGAAGUGGCUUUGGAAUUGCAUUAUGGAAAUGAGCAGAGGCUGGAAGAAUUUUGAGGAUCAUGAUAAAUUGCCUUAACCACAUCUCUUCUGUUAGGUGAUGUGGCCAGGGGAACGCUUCCACAACCUUCAGGCCUAAACUGCCCAGACACCCUUUUUAAACUCAUAUUUGGGGACAGGUGGCCCUUUCCCAGAGUGAGAAGACUGGAAGACUGACCAGUAUGGACCCCAGAAGGGAGUGGGUGAGGAAUGGGACUGGGAUGUGAGGAGAGAGUGCAAGCCUGGCCUCCAUGAUCCAUCUCCAGAGACUGGGUCCAGAGAGGACCUCGGAGACUGGGACCAAGCCUGUUCCUGCUCUUCUGUGGAGCUAUGUGACUGGCCCAGGACCCCUUGGGUGUGUGAGGAUGGGUAGGGGCCCUGUACUCUCUGGGUUGCAGGUACUGCAUCUGUGAAAUGAGCACAGCAGCCCCUGACUUUGAGCUGAUGGGCCUGGCCCCUCCAUGUAAGCCAUAGGCCUGAGCAAAGCUGUGUCACCAUUCUGUUCCUAUGGUGGAAUGGGGCCAUCUCUCGGGUUUUCAACCUCCUGGUCCCCAAAACUGAAGCAGCCAACUGGUGCCCUCAGCCCUGUCCCUGUCCAGGCUGGGACUAGGACCUCCCUCUCCAGGGGUACUAAGGGACUCUGGAGACACCAUCGCACCUGGCCAAGGCUUGGGGCUCCUAAAGCCAGCCCUAACCCAGGAGCCACAUGAAGAGCUACUGGGAGGCCAGACAUGGGCCUCAUGUUGGUUUUCAGAACUGAGAAGCUAGGAGACAGACAGCAUGGACACCUGGGUUCAAGCUUGGCCCAAAUCACCUGAAUACACUUUGGAUGAAGCCAGGAGGGCCUGUUUAUACUGGAAUGAGUGGAUCAUGGCAAGACUUAUGUUCAAUCCCUGAUCUUUUUUCCCGGAGAGGGACAGGGCUUACUUGAAGUAACAAAGCACUUGACUCCUGA